UAGGCGAGGAUCUCGGUGCUCGCCACAUGCCCCCUCCCCCUUUCAUCGUGGAAAAAACUAUUUAGUGAUUUUGUGUUACGAUUUUGGGUAUUUUGAGAUCCGGGUGAUUUCGAAUCGUUCCUCGUUCGGAAGGAAUGGAGAAGAAGAGGCAGCCGUCGAUGAUAACGACCAACCCGACGGUGUUACAUGCCAAUCUUCUAACGCCGACAGGUCAGCGUCUUACCCCAACGGGGAAAAUCAGCCAUGCUAAGACGCGUGUCUACACACAACGAUACCGCAAAGAAUGGGAACAAAUGCCCGACUUUCAAGGAUGGUUGACAUCUGUACCUUUUCAACCGACACGUGCUUAUUGUAUGUAUUGCAAGAAAAAUCUUCAUGCACAUCGACUUUCGUUGCUGAAACACACGUGCACUAUGAAGCACCAGCGAUCAGCCUUGUUGCAUCAAGCGGAAGAAAAAAAGAAGGUUACAGCUGUAAAAACGUGUGUGGGAGAAGACGUUGAAGUUGAGGAAGUCGACGAGAUUGAGGCUGUUGAACAUGUUCAAACUGAAGUAGAAGAAAAUGAAGACGAAGUGGAAUAUGUUGUUGAAAGAUUAGAAACAGACGAUGAAUUGGAUGAAAAAGAAAUUAAAGAAGAUGUUGGUUGUGAAGUUGAAGAAGAAGAAGAAGAAGAAGAAGAAGAAGAAGAGGAGGAGGAGGAGGAGGAGGAAGAGGUAGAGGUAGAUGUAGCACAUAUGCAAAUACCUUCUGACGAAGAAGAUAUGAAACAUUCUAUAAAAAAAGUCAAGAUAGAAAGACUGGAUAGUUGCCAGGAUUCUUUGACCGAAGCAAUGGAUCAUAUGCAGAGUGAAUAUUUAGAAGACACGGAUAAUCAAGAAGCAGUACAGAUGGAAAUGGUAGUAGAGUCAGAGGAACAAAGUAAUCAGGAAAUGCAAGUUAUGUCGAUUCUUCCUGAUUCAGAAUACACCGACAAAGAAUCGCCGAAAGAAUCGCGCGAAAAUGGGAGAGCGUCUAGACGAAACGAUAGUAAAUUGGACAGAAAAUCUGUAAAAUUAUUGCAAGAUGAGUGUAAAGAACAAGGGGAAUCUGGUAUAGUGAUGGCAUGCCCAUUGCCUAUUUUAGGAACAACCUAUCAAAUAAAUUCUUCAGUUGCACCUACUUCUAAUACUAUUGGUGUGCUUCAGCCUGUGAAUACAAUUCCCAUCGCUCCUGCACAAAAUAGAACAAUUACUUUAACGACGGGCGGAAAAACUCUGACUUUAACAGGUGGUACAUUCCAGCCUGGUGCUCAGUAUGUUCUGAGUAAAUUAAAGGGUAAAUUUCCUACGUUGGUAGUGGCUGAUCAGAAACCUGCAAUUGCAGCUAAUCAAGCACAGGACGCUACGAAAGGCGUUCAGAUAAAUAAGGAUCAAUUGGCUGUAGCAAGUACUAGUUAUCAAAGUCCGAAAAAACAUGUACUUUUGAAGACUGUAAAGUACCCUUCAAUCAAAAAGCCUCGUAUUUCUACUCAUGUUGUGGAUACAAGUAAAGGUUUACCAGUUGGUGGUUUGCAAGUUAGUCUUUAUAAAUUAAUGGACGGUCGGUGGACCUUUUUAAACGAAAGCAAUACGAGUGCAAAUGGUCGGUGCGUAGAUUUAGUUGAUAAUAUGAAGGUUAAUUUUACGGCUGGACGUUACAAGAUUCAUUUUGACGUUGAUAAAUAUUUUACAUUGAGAAGAAUAGAAACAAUGUAUCCAUUUAUCGAGAUAGUGUUUGAUGUAAAAAAUCCAGCCGGUCACUAUCAUAUACCGGUGCUGCUAAGCCCAUUUGGUUAUACCACUUAUCGUGGUUCCGAAAGAUGAA